CUCCGAGCCGUCAGCAGAUUCUUGGUGUUUGCCUCAGCAGUCAUCCUGCCUGACCGGCAUGUGCAGUGUGGAAGUUAUGACAUGUGAAUCUGGGCAUUCCUCACUUCCCUGUACCGACUAUAUAACAGCUGCAGCUCCCUUCAGAGGACACUGCCUUCCGACAGCCUCGCGCGACGCCAGCUGUGAUCGUGAAGCUAUGCCGACAACAGUCAACCCGGAGCCUGUGAAUGACCGACCCGUGAUCGGCGUCUUGACCCAGCUAGUUAGCGAUGAGGUCAUGAAACCCUUUGGCAAGGCCUACAUCCCUUCCUCUUACGUAAAAUACCUGGAGUCUGGGGGCAGCAGAGUGAUGCCUAUUCGACUGACGCUCACUACGGCCGAAUAUGAGGACAUCUUCAAGAAGAUAAACGGGCUGAUCUUUAUUGGCGGAGUUGCGGAUCUGCAGACGUCGCGUUACGCCCAGGUGGCGAAGGUCUUCUACAACCUCGCCGUGCAGGCCAACGACGCAGGCGACGUCUUCCCCAUCUGGGGCACGUGCAUGGGCAUGCAGCUGCUGACGGUGCUGGUGGCUGGAGAAAACCUGCUGGCGAAGACCACCGCGGAGAACGUAGCCAUGCCGCUCAACCUCACCGCAGAGGGCCGCUCCAGUCGGAUGUUUCGGGAUUUCCCCGAGGAGCUGAUGAAGGCCGUGACGCGGGAGCCUCUGACCGGCAACUUCCACCGCUUCGGCGUCAAAGUGGAGACCUUCCAGGAGAACGAGAAGCUGCGCGGGUUCUUCUCCCUGCUGUCCACCAACGUCGCCGAGAACGGAGCCCACUUCGUCUCGACCAUAGAAGCCAAGCGCUACCCCUUCUACGGAGUCCAGUGGCACCCGGAAGUGAACCGCUUCCAGUGGGACCCCAAGGCCAACUUCCCGCACUCGGCGCACGCCGUGCAGCUGUCGUCUCUGCUGGCCGACUUCUUUGUUAAUGAAGGAAGGAGAAGUUUACAUCACUUCGAUGACCCUGAGGAAGAGGCCUCUUCGCUGAUUUACAACUACACGCCCGUCUAUGCUGCAAACUUCACAACGUAUCAGCAGAUCUAUUUCUUCUGAGCCCCCGGCGUUCGUCCCGUGUGCGUGGACCUGUUUACGCUGUCUGCUCGCUCCACCUAACAGACAUUCUGAAGCCUCCGAUCAAAUCUCACCAUCUUUCUCUGAGGACCGCUAGCGCCUUGUUUCAGAAAGCCAAGGACUCGUACCUGCAUCCGCCUCAAUGUCCUCUCUGUGGACUUGCUGAACUCUUUCCACUGUUCCAGAUGACGGCGCCUGAAAAGAGCUGGAAACCGAAGCUAUAAGAACAGUGCCAUUUGACAUGUGUCUAAAAACAGCUGUUUCGUAGGAGGUCUCUGGUGCUGUUCUCUGUGAUUAGAUCCCUCCCUGAACAUCCUUGGUUCCACAGGACGGGGAAUGAAAUGAAUGCUCUGCUCUGCUCUUUGCAAUAAAUUCGUUCUGAAUAAAGUGUUUUAUAUAAAAUGUG